UUAGAGACCUCAGAGGCAUCAGUAGCUCAUCUACCGCCGCAGGACAUUGAAAGUUCAAGCGAUCGUAUCGUUGAAAAAGAAUCAGGAAUUGAUUAUAGCGUGCGUGCUGAUGGCAAUUACCGCUUGCCAAACAACACCGAGCCCAUACAUUACGACAUCGAAUUGACAACGAAUGUGCAUAACGGUACAAGAGAUUUUACCGGCAAAGUUCAAAUUCUGAUAACGGCUACCGAGGACACAAGAACCAUUGUAGUACAUGCGCGUCAACUUGAAGGCUUCCUGGCCACCAUUAAAAAUGCAAGCCAAGCAAAUGCAGCUGAGUAUGAACUGAGUUGGUCAUACGAAUCCGAAAGGGAAUUCAUUAGCUUAACGCCAGUAAACGAAAGUCUCAGCUUUAACAAAGAUACCAACUGGACUUUGACUAUUGCGUAUAAUGGCCAAUUGCGAACCGACACUGGAGGAUUUCAUCGACUUUCCUACACUGACGAACUCAAUCAAGUGCAUUAUAUGGCAACAACACAAUUCGAGUCCACAAAUGCCCGCCACGCAUUUCCCUGUUACGAUGAACCAGCCAAACGCGCAACCUUCACAAUAACCAUCAAACACGAUCCCUCGUAUAGUGCAAUAUCCAAUAUGCCGAUAAACGAAACCGCCAGCUCGACUGGUGUAACGGUCUUCAAUAGGACAAACGUACCUGUCUCCACAUAUUUGAUCGCCUUCCAUGUGUCCGACUAUGAAUGGUCUGAAGGUGUGUUGCAUUCACUGCCACACCGGCUCUAUUCGAAGCCAGGAACUAUUGACAAUCAUGAAUUCGGUCUACUCUCGGGUAUAUUGAUCUUACAGCGCUUGGCCGAGUACUACGAUGUGCCUUUUGCGCUGCCGAGAAUGGUGCAAGUGGCAAUACCUGGUAAGGGUGGCGCUAUGGAAAAUUGGGGUUUGGUCACUUAUGGUGAAGCGUACCUACUUUACAACAAAAGUUCAUCGACGUCAAGCUCACAGAACUCCAUCGCCAAUAUCAUCGCACACGAAUUCACACACCAAUGGUUUGGCAAUCAUGUAGCAGUCAGGUGGUGGACAUAUCUGUGGCUCAAAGAGGGUUUCGCGACACUCUUCUCAUACCAUGGCGUAAAUGAGGUUAAUCCCGAGUGGGACGUCUAUCAAAUAAUGCAUACUAGCGACUACCAAUCGGCACUUAUUAAUGACGGUAGAGGUACCGUGGUGCCCAUGACCCAUUAUGCGCAAACACCCAGCGAGAUUUCAGCUCGGUACGGUACCUCUUCUUAUGCCAAACCUUCCUCGGUGCUUUUCAUGUGGCAGCAUGCUUUGGGCGAUUCAGUAUUUCGUUCCGGUUUGAACAAAUAUCUAACUCAGAACGCAUUCGACUCUGCCGAGGAAUGGGAGCUUUUUGCAGCACUGCAGAGUGCUGUUGAUGAACACCAACUCAGCAUUCCCGCGCGCAUAGACGUUAUGUUCCCCACAUGGUCACAGCAAUCUGGCUAUCCACUACUCACAGUAACACGAAAUUACAGCUCCAACACGUUCACGAUCACCCAAACUGCUUACAAUGAUGAUGUAAACAUUACUUCGGACAAAACAUACUACGUGCCAUUCAACUAUGUUGCCCGUUCCAAGUCAGACUUCCGUAAUACAACUGCUUCUCAUUACCUCCUCAAUACCAGGCAAAUCUCUAUCACCGACCAAGAAGUUGCCGCUGAUGAUUGGUUGAUUUUGAAUAAACAAUCCACAGGUUACUAUCGCAUUAACUACGAUGAACAAAACUGGCAUUUAAUUGCUGAUGGCUUGGUAGAGCAACCCCAUAAAGUACAUCACCGUAAUCGCGCUCAGCUUAUGUACGACGCUUACAGAUUCGUCAAUAACGAUCGAUUGGCAAUAAGUAUUCUCUUGAGAUUGUUUACUUACUUGCCUGGUGAGGAUCAAUAUGCCCCGUGGACAGUUGCAGCCUCCGUCUUAACCACAUAUAAUUCAUAUCUGAGCGGUAAUGCCGAUUACAGCGAGUUCAAGGCGUUCGUUGGCUCGCUCGUAAGUAAUAUUUAUGAAAAACUGGGCGUCAAUGAACCAGCCGGCGAACAAUUUCUUCGCAAAUUCACACGAAAUACUGUAAUAAAUCUCGCUUGCUUAGUGGGAGUUGAGAACUGUCUCACCGAUGCCAAUGACAAGUUGAAAUCGCACAUAAAUAACGGUGUUGACAUUGAGCCUAAUCUCAGAUCGCAAGCUUACUGCAAUGGUCUACGUCAAGCUAGCAAUAGCGAAUAUACCUACUUCUUCAAUGAUUUGCUCAGUUCGAGCGACACCACCCACCGUACCAGACUGUUAAGUGCAUUGGGUUGUUCGCAAAACGAAGCGCAAUUGCAGUCGUUUGUGAGUAGUUCCAUUAAUUUAGGCAACUCGUUGACCAGUUCAGAACGCACCAGCAUAUUGCGUGCAGCCUAUUCUCGCAGCCCAUUGGGGCUAUUGGUCUCUAUUGAUUUUCUUGGCAGUAAUUGGGAUGCAUACUCUAACCUAUCUAACAGUACAGGCUCUAGUAAUCCGCUUAGCAGAGAUAUUGUGAGCAUGGGCAGUUAUGUGAAUAAUGCAACCCAACAAGAGCAGCUCCUUGCGCUUGUGGACAAAGUUAAGAACAGCGAAAAAGUUCAAACGAACCUGGAAGAAGCAGUCAAUGCCAACAUAAAAGUGAACUUUGACUGGAUAGAUAAGAAUGGCGGAAAGGUAAUAAGCUUUGUGAAAACUUAUCGCUCAAAUGGCAGUGCCGCACUCAGUGCAUCUCUCAUGUCUGCAUUAAUGGCAGUCCUUUUGACGCUGUCGCGCUUUUUGUAAGAAGCGAUCGAAACACGAAUUUAUGAAUUUCAACCAAAUACAAUGAAUGCAUUACGCUAUAAGAUAUUUAAGUAAGAUACAUUGAUACGAAUUGUAAAUAGAAAGUAUUGAUUUUUGUGUACAUAAUAAAAUUAAAACAAGUAAAGAAGUAUAAG